CUCCUUGUCAUCCAUCUAGAGGGGGGAGCAGUGGCUUCUCCAGCCUGUCUGCAGCUCACCACACUAAAAUAACCCAACACCCACCAGAGUGAGGCUGUUGCCCAGCGGGUGUGAGGAUUGGACACACUUCAUGGGCAGAGGAGCCCACCGCCAGACUGAUAGAUUGGAGUGUAAGAGCACACUACAGGACAGUGGACUGAGGGGGGUUUACAUGCCAAGCAAGAUCCCGUUUGCACCAUGCCUCUGAGAGACUCAGUCACCCUGCUGCUCUGGAGUUGCUGUGUACUACUGCUCAUCCACCAAUGUGAGACUCAAGCUCUAAACUGCACGUGUAAUGUGACCAAUAGUCGGUGUGAUGAAAAUGCAGUGUGCAGGUGUGACCCAGGUUGGGAGGGGCAGCAGUGCGACGUAUGUGUGAGAAUGCCAGGCUGUGUCCAUGGAUCAUGUCAUCAACCCUGGCAAUGCACCUGCGAGCCUGGAUGGACGGGACGCUUCUGCAACAAAGAUAUCCAUGUGUGUACAAAUGAGGCACCUUGUCAGAACGGUGCCACUUGUUAUGCCAACGUUUCAGGGGAGUACUCCUGCCUCUGCCCUGAGGGAUUUCACGGGAGGAACUGUGAGCACAAGACAGGGCCCUGUCAUAAGACCGGCAGGUCUCCAUGUAAGAAUGGCGGGCAGUGUGAGGACAGUGGCGGCUAUGCCCCAGAGCUCUCCUGCCGCUGCCUGGCAGGCUUCACCGGGCCGCGUUGUGAGAACAACAUGGACGACUGCCUGAUGCGCCCCUGUGCCAACGGUGCCACCUGCCUGGAUGGCAUCAACCGCUUCUCCUGCCUCUGUCCCGAGGGCUUCACGGGCCGAUUCUGCACCAUCAACCUGGACGACUGUGCCAGCCAGCCCUGCCUCAAUGGAGGGCGCUGCCUGGACCGCGCCAGCACCUUCCACUGCCUCUGCAAGCCUGGAUUCACUGGCAGGACCUGCGAGGUGCCCUUACAGAGCCCAGAGAGCCAAGCGCCCAUCAGAAGCUCCCAUGGCUGGGCUGGGGGAGGUGGGGGCUGGGGAAGGGUGACUCAGGCCAGGCCAGACCAGGACACCACGAGGGGGAACUCUCAGGGCAACAGUAACAAUAGUAGUGGAGACAGGCUGCUGAAGAUCUCUGUGAAGGAGGUGGUGACCCAGCGGGGGUCAUCUGGCCUGUCAGAGGUGCAGCUCAACACCCUGCUGGUGCUGGGGGGCAUGACGCUGGCCGUGGUGGCGCUCACAGCUGGCCUUGUGCUGAAGGGGCAUUGGCAGGACCGCUGUGCAAGCUGCCGGUGCGGCCCCACCCCCCGCCUGCACCCGCUGAGACACAGAGACUGCCAGCCACCCCCGCAGAGCCACCUAGUCACCGUGGAGCAGGAGUGUAAGAUCAGCUUCCUGCACACGCCCACAGCCCCAGAACUGGAGAAGAAGAAACUGAACACUGAGGUGCUUUAGGCUAGGUUUACUACCUCCACAGCCCUGAAUACAGGACAGGAGCAGACAACAGACUGCUCUCAGCUGAAGGAAAGCCAUGCUUUCAUCCCAGCCCUGUCUCCAUGACUGAUUUUCUUCAGUACUGACAGUCAAAAUACAGACAACAUACCGAUCUAGGAAUCGAUACCUAGAGAAACUCAGGACCAAGAAGGGACCAGUGUGUCUGUUCAAGGGUAGAUGUUAGGAGAAUGUGUUUCACACUCCUAGCAAAAGGAGCAUAGUCCUAAUAUGACGGAUUAUUGCUUGACCAUAAUGAGAAAUAUACUCAAGUCCCAUGGUUACUUGUCACGGACAACCAAUGUGUAAUUUGUCCGUCCUCAAUAUCAGCUGAUGCGGUUUCUUGGCAUGAACUGCAUGUAAGACAGGCCUACUGACAAACAGCUUUGGAAUGCAAGCCGAGACAAUGCCCUUGUUAUGUCAACCUAAUUGGUGUACUGGUAUUUGUCACUGCUGUUCUCGUCACGAUAUUAGGCCAAAAUGUUAGACAUGAAUGAAUCUGCCCAUUUAUUUCCAAAUGGGCUCUGACCUCUCAGCCUCGGAACAAAUUCCCUGCUUGCAGCUCUGCAGUGACCAGAAUUCAGACAUCCAGACAAAUUAUUCAUGUUAUUCAUGUUGUUUUAACAAUGUACUUUUUAUACCACAGACUAAAAGAACUGCAACACCGCAACACCUACUUCAGUUAAGUAACUGUCCAGUCUUUUCAGAUUUCUAUGAAAUAUGACCUAUAAUUAAUUACAAUAUGAGUAAAAUAGUUCCUUCCAAAGAAAGUGUAAUUAAGUAUGUAUUCUGUGUUGGAAUGGUGUGGGCGUGCCCCAUAGAGUUCGAUAGAGGCAUGGGCAUUGCCAUUGAGUGCUUUCAACAUUUUAAGGUAGUCAACUGGGUGGGACUUCCUAUGGGUUAAGGAAGGAUCACAUGAUUCCAUCCAGGUCAUCAGGAGGGAUCAGCCAAUGAAUUAUACUUGUGAGAAAACACUAGAUGACAGCAUGUACCUUUUCAGUUUGUUUGUCAACUCAUAGAAGUAGUAGAAGAAGAAACUGGACUACUUCAAAAUAAAGAUUGCCUCAACGGAGCUGCAUGUGCGCUCACAGGCACCAUAAUGGGACAUACACUGAGUGAACAAAACAUUAGGAACACCUGGUCUUUCCAUGACGUAGACUGACCAGGUGAAUCCAGGUG